GGGAUUUCCCCUACACACCGGAAGGAAACAGGGAGGAUUUAAAUGUAUUAUGUUAGUUAAGCGACGGGCUGUGUUCUUAUGUUGUACAGCGGCUGUCUUCCUGUCCGACUUCACUCCACGCCUUCGACACACAUCGUGUUACACUCCUGAACCAGGCAACGCAGACGUAUUGAAUACCCUUUUACACCGCAACCGGUCAGUCCUAUCGUCGGUCGCCUUGCACAAUGGUGGAUAACCGCUAUGCCACUGCGAUUGUGAUCGGCUCGGUCCUGAGCUUGCUGGCGACAGUCUACCUGUCAGUGGCAGUGGGCACACAGCAGUGGUAUCAGUACUGCAGUCCUCGUGUUGGAGGUGACUGGAACGCGUCAGAGCUCCAGGAGGAAUUCCUGAAAGGAGAAUUCGACGAGAAAACGUAUAGCGACACGCUCUUCCGCCUCAACGGGACCAUGGGGCUGUGGUGGCGGUGUGUGCAAGUGCCAACAGAUCCACACGGGUACAAGGAGGCCGAUCCAAAAAUGACCAAGUGUGUCAGCUUCACAUUGAAGCAACAGUUCCUGCCCAAGUACAAAGAGCCAGGCAAUCACAAUAGCGGAGAGGAUCUGCUACGCACAUACCUGUGGAGGUGUCAGUUCCUGCUGCCGCUGGUCUCCCUGGGCCUGGUACUUUUAGGAGGAAUGAUCGGACUCUGCGGCUGCGUGUGUCGCAGCUUCUCCCCCACGCUGGGUGUUGGAGUACUCCACCUGCUGGCCGGUAUGUGCACCCUUGCAACGGUGUGCUGCUUUCUAGCCGGGAUGGACCUGCUGCACCGCGUUUCGGAUUUGCCCAAGGAGGGGGUGGACGAGUCGUUCGGCUGGUCUCUGUACCUGGCGCUCAUCUCCUCCCCCAUGCACAUGAUGGCCGCCGCCCUGCUGGUGUGGGCGGCGCGCAGCCACCGGCAGAACUACUACCGCAUGACGGCCUACCGCGUGGCGUAGGAGCCCCGCGCCCCGGCCCGCUCGAAAUGCAGCGCAGUUCGCCCGCUGACCGUGAAAAUGGCGUGCUUGAGGUGGAGGGGGGGGGGUGGCGGAGGGAUAGGGGGUAUAGGGAAGUAGAGUAAACUUGAUGAGAAGAGUCUCCUUUUACGCAUCUUAGCAUAACACUGCAUGAGGAAAAUAAUUCUCUGUGAGAAUGUAACCGUAAAACUGGAAAUGUGUCUGAGGAGGGUAAAAAUGAUUAGCUUAUUUUUUGGAGUUCUCAAAGAGCGAAGUCUUAUCAGUUUGUAUAUUCUUGCACAAGCUCUGUUUGCGUGUGUUUUGUUUGAUUAUUAUUACGGUUUAUUGGUUUAUUUUUGUGUGCAUUCGUAUUUUAUUUGAGCUGCAUUUUAAUUUUGAAUAUGUUGUGUGUGUAGGUUUGGAAUCAGUUUUUUUCAAAGUAUUUUUUUAGUUUAUGGAUUUUUAUACAUUUAUUACACUUCUAGAUUCAUCUGUCUUGUCCAGUUAUGUUGUUGUCCAGUUAUGUUGAACUAUGAUUGUUGAUAAUUGCUUUGCUAUUCAGUGUCCCCUUAUUCUGUCCCUGUGUUUAUUUCCCUUUUGAUUUGUAUUUGGGUUUGAGUUUGGAAUGUAUAAAGUUCCCUGGGCUUACGGUGAAGGUACAAACUGAACACCUGAAAGAAUUAAAUAUAAAUUUUACCACUGCUAACGUAAAACUCAGAAGUCAAACCAACUGAAUAUAAAUCCACUGUAUUGUUUGUGGCUUUUAAGCACUAGGCUUCAUUGAUUGUAACAGAUUGGGAAAAAAUAAUUAUUUGUACUAUAAAACAAGUAAUUUUAUUCAAAAAGUGUGAAGACAUCCAAUCAACUUUUUUGAUAAGCUCUUAUGGAAUGAUAUGAAUUGUAUAUAAAAUUGCAGCAAUAAUGUAUUGCACAGCUAUACAAAUGUUUACAUAAAUUAGGAUUUGAUGAGUCCUGUAAAAUUGUUUAUAGCAUAACCUUGACUUCUAUAUUGUAUUGCAGAGGACGAAUGUAGAAGCACUCCAGUAAUGUUUAUUGAUCAACACUGAAAUAUGACUACUGAAAAACUCCUGAAGCGCUGUGCAUAAUGUAUUGAAUGUACUGUUGUGAGGGGGAAGCGGUAUCCAAGGCAAGGAUUGUAUGUCAGCAGUGUAUACUAUCAUAAUGUUUGCGUGCGAGAAUAAAUUUCACGUAUAUCCCUCAGA